ACUGUUUGGCCAGCGACCUACCUCAUCGGUUUAGUUGUAUCAACUGUGGUUUCAUUUUGAUGCUUUCCGUACUAGCAAAGAACUUAAAUGAGUAAUGUUGCAUCUGUGAAAAAAAUGAGGUGACACUGGGGUGGUGAAGUGAUUCAUAGGAACAGCCCAACUGGAGAAAGAAAUCUUGAAUGUUUAAUGGAGCUAAGUAUUAGAAUAAUGCUCAGGUCAUAUUUGAAGUUAUGCAAAGGACUGUAAUAGUUGCUGCACAGUCUGAGUAAAUCAAGCAAAUAAUUUGGAAUCAUCGAUCAUGGAAUUUUGUAAUACGUAAACAGCCUGAUAAUGAGUGCAUCAGAUUUACCAUCAUUAACAGUUUUACCAGAGAAUGCCAAACACUCAUCACAUAAUAGUACCGUCCUGCCACCACUGACCUCACACUAUCCAAAGUGGAGCAGAGGAAAAAAGUUGGAUGUUAAUGGUUUUCCAGAUUCGUGUGGGAAUAUACGUUAUUGUGGAAUGACAGGGAAUAGUGAUCUAAAGAUGAACAAGAAAACGGCAGAACCAACCUCUGCAGGGAGAGGAGAGGGUUUACCUGUAACACCAACCAGUGACCCUCUAUUGCGCAUCACAUAUUUGGAACAGAACAUUCGUUUUCUGCAAGAACAGCACCAAGCCAUGUUGGCAAGCCUGCACCAUGAAAUAGAACAGCUGAAACAAAGAAACAGGGAGCUACAGUUUCAACUCGUUUUCAGUAAUGGAGGACUGAUUCAGAGCAGUCCUUCUUCGCCAGAGGAUGACAGUAAACCAAAGAUCAUCCUGAGUCCAAAACAAGUCAAUACAGUACCUCUACAGGUUGAAAUGUUGGAGAAGGAAGUUACAGAACUGAAAGCAGCAUUAAGUGAUUCAAAGGCACAGAAUUCAUAUUUAUGUGGAAUCAUAGAAGAACAAAAAAAGACCAAGGACAAUGAAAAAGAAAAUGAAGAAACUGAUACUACAGAUAAUAGAACUCAAUGUAACACAAAACUAGAUGCACAGAAUCAAGUUGAAUCUAGUGCUAAGCCCUUAGCAAACAAAGCAGAAAUGACUGCUGCAGAUCCGGAUUUAAUUCUGAAACUAGAAGAAGCAGAGAAGCUUAUUAGAAAAUUACGUCGUGAGAAUGAGGACCAACGCCGCGAGCUUACCACCAUAAAAUCAAACUUGAGCAAAUCGGUGGGUGGCAGUGGAGCCAUCAACCGACACCUUGGUGCCACAGCUAACUCGCAUAGAGGUGGAGGAGCCAAUCAUCAUCGCUCUCAGCACCAGCAAACACAGUCACAGCGAUUCCCACCGCUUCACUCUCAGAACUAUUGGCAUCACGGUCAGAACACGCAGCCACACAGGAAUGGGGCGGAGUAUGUUUCUCAUCGAUAUGGACCUGCUGGUGCGGGUAGAUUGGAGAAGGAGACACAUGUAGUUGGGCGUCCAGUUCCUACACUUCCAAAUCUUCGCAGUAGUGCCUCUAGCGGCUAUUCGUAUUCUAACAGCAAUGGAAACAACCAUCGCCGUAAUGUGCACUAUAACUCAAAUGGGAAUGUCCAUUAUUAUAGGGGUGGUAAAGACGAAAGUGGAGAGAACAGAAGAUACAGAGGAGGCAGUGGAAGAGGAAGCAGAGAAUCUCGAGAGUCAAAACAAUGAAGCUUUAAAGAUUUUUGUUGAAUUAUACCAUGCAUUUACAUUUUUUGACAGACAGUUCAUUGUUUCAGAAUUUACAUAUUUUACAGGACUUCUUUUUGUUAAAACUUCGUUCAGUUCUAGAUUUUAAAUUCUGAUUCUACGCGUACAGUACAUAUAAUUUGAUCUGUAUUUUCUGCUUCAUUCUGACAAAAUGUGCAAUACUUUAUAAAUUGUAAGUAUAUUUUAUAAAUGUUGCUUUGCACUGGAAGUCUUACAAACAUAACAGUAUUCAAGUUUUUCUUACUUGCUUCAGUAAUGUUGUAUGUGAAGAGGAAAGAUAUUUUUGAAUUUAUAUACUUCACUUUCGCUAUUGAAGGUGGUUAAGUGCUUAUAUUAAUAUUAUUCUGAUAUCAACACAUCAAAUUUGUAUCUUGUUGACACUUCAUAUAUUUGGAGAUUCAAUAAUUUAUCAGCUGAAGAGUAUAAGUUAAAGUUUUUAUAUUGUGAGUUCAUCAUCUUAUUUUAAAGUCAUACACCCAAAAUAUGUAUAAAGCCUAACAAUCUGACAAUUAAUAUUCAGUGUGUUCUAUUCUUAUGUACGCCAGGGUAAUUACAGCUCCCUGAAGGUGCCUUCUGUUUCACUUCAUGGGUUUGUUGGGUGGUGUGAGCAGUGUUAAAUGGAAGCACUGUAUUGCCUUAUCAGUAUCAAAAAUCAAACAUGAAGUGGAAAACCUUGUUGAGUUACUUUAAAAAUGUUUAAUGGCAUUAGGGCAUUUGUCUUACAUUACCAUUUUUUAAUUUUAUUUUGUGAAGAUAAAUUCAAAAUAUGAUGUUGCCUCAGUGUGCAACAGGUGAAAAGAAGGGGCAUUUUAAUGGAGCUCAUGCUGAUUGUAUCAGGAAGUACCUUGCCUAAGGUCUUCAUGAGGAUUCUGCAACUUGUAUCAACACACUAUGAAUUGAUCUGACAGUUGAUUGAAAGUAUUUUCACAUGCUUCUGACUUCCAUUAUUUCUUGUCUUUGUCUCAGAUAUGCCUUCUCUUUCAAUCAGAUCAGUUGAUAAAUAUCUUACACAGUGAGGAGCUAGUUUUCUUAUGGUAAGCAUACUCUUAGAAAAUAAGCAUGUCUUUCAUUUUUUAAAAGAAAGUUAUGUAGGUUUUACUUUGAAGGCUGAUUGUAUGUCUGUUACCAAUCGUUAUUAGCUUCUAAACACCUAUGCUGCUGUGGUUAUUAGAAAUCAAUGUGUUUUAUAAUGGUUAUAAGUGACUGUACUAGCUAAAUAGCAUGUCUUGUAUGUUUCCCAUUUACUUAUUGGGACCGCAAAUAUUUCCAAGUAAAAAAAGUAAAAGAACGUGCUCACAAGUGCAAUCUGUCUGUAUGGAAAGAAAAAACCACACAAUUCUCAGUUGUUAACUAAAUUAGUACAAGAGCAACACGGUGUAGUUGCGUGUACAUAAUAGAAACAGUAGAAUCACAACUCUGUGUAGAUUAAAGGCUGUCCUUAAUUGAAUCAUUUUUAGUAUGGUCUGCUCUGAAACAAAAUGUACACACAAUUUGUGUAUUUUUAAAUAGAAUUAAAAAGCAUAUAUUGAAUAUAAUAGAGGGAAACAUUCCACGAGGGAAAAAGAUAUCAAAAAACAAAGAUUUAACUUACCAACGCUUUCCUUUGGUAAGUUACAUCAUCUUUGUUUUUAAAAGUAUAUAUUGAGCAGCAUAUGAAUAUAUUCGAGAAAAUGAACUGGAGGUUAGUUAAUUUUUUGCUGUUAUUUCAUAACUGCUCACUGUAUUGAUGGAUUUUUUUUUUCUUUUUACACAUAUUACCAAUGUCUCUUUCGUACUGUUCCCUUUAUAAUAGAACACUAUUAUAGAUAAAAGUGUUGAUGUUAAAAUCUGAAUGGGAAGCACGCGGGGGAAAUAUAUGGAAUUUAAAUCUUUACGUAAAUGUUACCAUUAGUAUUUAUCUUAUUGCUAAUACUGUGAAUUACUUCUCGUGUAGGAAGCAGUUUUGUGGUGUUGUAUAUCCUGUAUCCUGUUUUUUUAUUUCUUUACAUAGAAGUAAAUGUAAACUGUAUAGACAAACUGUGCAGACUUUGUUAGCUGUUUCACAGGUGCUGCAGUGCCCACUUACAUGGCAUGGUGCUAGAUAAUGCAAUAAGCUGAUAGAGAUUCCUUGCAAUAAAAGCAGUGAAAUUGCCAUAAAAGAUCAGUAAAAUUUCAUUUUAAUGUAUUUUGAGUGCUCCACCUCAUACUCAUGUGAAUAGAUACAAAGACAGUCAUUGUUGAGCUAUGGUGAAGGAUGAUGAAGUAUCCAUAUUCUUCAAACUAACAGUUUUACAUGUUAUUGGAUUGGUUCCUGUGGAUGUACACAGACAUUUGUAACUGAAACUUUCUUUUUCACACCUACCCAGUACUCAGAAAGCAGAUUCAGAUGUGACUUAGUUUCCUUCCUUUGAAGCAUAUGUGAAAUUUUACAUUAAAAACUACUUCAAUAUUUCUGAUUUUUAAUUUUGUGUUAGUGUGGUUGCGAGAGGAAAAGAAAUUUAGGAACUUAAGUUUCUUAUAAAUAUGAUACUUGCUACAUGACCAAGUCAGGACCGCUGACAAAAGUUUUCCUUUGGCAUUGAGUAGUUAAAAUAAACAUUGAUAAUUUAACAGUUAGCAACAUGGCUUCGGCUCUACAAUAUCACAGGUCAAAAGAAGAAGCUGCAACCUCCACUGCUGCUUUAUUAAAAGAAAAGUAUGAAGUAUGUUCAAAAAUGUAGAUGCAACUGAAGUAAUUCCUGUUACUGAAGAAAGUAAUGAGAAUAUCCAUCACAAGAUUGUUAUUUCCACUUUAUUGUUUUCAGAAAUACCCCUUAUUGCAGUUAUUAAAAUACUGAAACUGAUAAGCUGGCAUAAAUUACUGUCCCCAGCUGCAUUUGUAAUUUAGAAAUAGUUUCAUUUGUAAAAUUUUAUGAAUUGGGGGGAGUCACUGUUCACUCUCAUGUCCAUAGUGUGUGUGAAAUGCCAAUACUGAAUUUUUCUAAGAAGCACUUAAAAUGUGAGCACUGUUCUACAUUUGAAUAUGGAUAUUUUGUAUGCCUCUGUCCAAAUGUUAUUUAAAUGAGGUAUUACAUCUGUAAUUCACAAAAUGUUAGUCCUUAAAUGGUAUCUGGAGUGGAAAGAGAAUAAUCACACUGUAAGGGAGUUUUCACUGUGCAUUUAUCUUUCUCUUACAGUACCAUUAUAGAAUAAAGUUUGUGUACUUUUCAGUAGCUUUUAAGUUUUAUCAUCUUAGAGAUACUGAAUUCUGUGUACAGCUGUCAUUUAUAAAAUUCUGAGACAUAUUUACUUGUAUUGCAUGCAGAAAAUACCUUCAAAAUAUUUAGGAUGUAUACAGAAAAUGGCUAAUUAUUAUUAACCACGGAAAAUAAUUCUUGAGCAUCUUUAUCUUUCUUCGAUCUCCAGUUUCUUGGCUAUAUAAUAUUUUAAAACAAGUUUGUCAGCUUUGAGCAGUAGGCAUUAAAAAGUAUGCAUAAGGUGGUAGAUAUGUCAUACUUAAUUGCAUUUACUUGUGAAAAUACUCAAAGUAGACUUUAAGGGCCAGACUUAACUUCCAUUGCAUAUGGGUAAAUAGAACGUAAAUAACAGAGUACAUGAGUGUCCUGGCUUUAAUGUGAUGAAAUAUAGGUGAUACAUUAUGGAAUUGUUACAAAUUUUAAUCUCUGAGGCAAGUUGCAUUAUAUAAAGGCUGAUUUUUCUUUUAUUUCUCAGUUAUUACAUUGCAUUAGAUUGUAUUUAUAUAUGUAUAAAUAUGUAUUUUGUUUAAUAUUUUAUGUAAUGCUCCUGCAAAAUAAAUGUUCCAAUGAUCAAUUUUA